AUGGGUGACGCGGUUUUGGUGGCAGUUGGCCGACGUCCCAACGUGUCCGGAAUGAAUCUGGAUGCCGCUGGCGUGAAGCAUAGCCUGUCGGGUAUUACAGUAGAUGCCUUCCUGCGCACGACUGCCCGCGGUAUCUAUGCUGCGGGUGAUUGUGUUGGUGACUUCCAGUUCACCCACUACGCCGGUUUCCAGGCUGCCAUAGCCGUCCGAAACGCGUUGCUACCCGGCAAAUCCCGCGCCCGACCGGAGCGCGUUCCCUGGGCAACGUUUACUGAUCCGGAGGUCGCCCAGGCCGGUCAUACGGAUGCACAGGCCCGCGAUGCCUUUGGCGGCAAAGUACGUACGACAAUCCUUGAGAUGGCCCAAAUUGACCGGGCCGUCAUCGACGGCACGACCACCGGGUUCAUCAAGGUGACACACCGUGCCAACGGCGACGUACUGGGAGCCACCGUGGUGGGCCCACGAGCCGCCGAGGUGGUUCAGGAAUGGACCAACGCCAUCGAUCAGGGGAUGAGCCUUUCCGACGUUUUGAAAAGCAUCCACCCUUACCCGUCGUUGGCAACCGGCAAUCAGCAGGUUGCCUGGGAAUCCUACCUGUCAGGGAUUACCAGCGGGUUUCGGGGCAAAUUGUUGCGACUGGUCAGUAGAUGA